AUGAAGCCCAGACUCUUCCUCACCGCCCUGACAACUUUCUACAUUUUCAGUGUGUGUCUGGCCUCGGAGCUGUCCUUCCUGCUGGAGCCCAACGAUGUGAUCGCAGUGAGAGAUCGCCCGCUCAUGCUGGACUGCGGGGUGCAGGGCGAGGAGCCCAUCAUGGUAACAUGGCGUAAAAACGGGGUGCCUUUACCCACCAGCCAGCGGGUCCAUGUGCUGGCCAAUGGCACGCUGUUCAUCAAGAGCUUUCAGAAACGCAGAGAAGGAAGCGACGCGGAUAUGGGAGAGUACGAAUGCGCCGCCCAGAACCGCUACGGCAUGAUCGUCAGCCGCAAGGCCAAGGUCCAUCUGGCAUCUCUUCCCAAGUUUCACACCCACCCUCUGUCCAUGUCUGUGGAUGAGGGAGGCGUGGCCCGCUUCCAGUGUCAGAUCAAUGGGGUGCCUGAGGCCAACAUCACGUGGGAGAGAGAGAGAGGGGCCCUCAACACCACCGACAACAGAUACACUCUCCUGCCAAUGGGUGUUCUUCAGGUGUCAGGCGUGAGGCAGCAGGAUGCGGGAGUGUUCCGCUGUGUUGCAACCAACAUAGCUAACACCCGCUACAGCCACGAGGCCAUGCUCAACAUCACUGGUGGAGCUUUCCGAACCUACAAAGAGCCGUUCAUCCUGUCAGGACCCCAGAAUCUGACCCUCACUGUCCACCAGACUGCCAUCUUGGAGUGCAUCGCCUCAGGAAACCCAAGGCCCAUUGUUUCCUGGAGCAGGCUAGACGGGCGCUCCAUUGGCGUGGAGGGUAUCCAGGUUCUGGGGACGGGGAACCUGAUGAUCUCAGAUGUUUCCCUGCAGCACUCCGGUGUGUAUGUGUGUGCUGCCAAUCGGCCCGGCACCAGGAUGAGGCGUACUGCACUCGGUCGACUCGUAGUACAAGCUCCUCCCGAGUUCCUGCAGUGGCCGCAGUCUGUGUCCAGACCAGCAGGGGGCAGCGCUGUGUUCACCUGCGUGGCCCAGGGCGUCCCGGAGCCCCACGUCAUCUGGCUGAAGAACGGCAAGGUCCUGACGACCGGGCACAACGUCAAGCUGACCAACAACAACAGCACUCUGGCUCUGACCCGUAUCAGUUCUGAGGACGAGGCCAUCUACCAGUGCAUCGCAGAGAACAGUGCCGGCACUAACCAGGCCAGCGCUCGGCUAGCCGUGGCUCAGCCUAAAGACCUGCCCAGCGCCCCUCAUGGCCUGACAGCCAGCCCGCUGACCACCAACAGCCUGCAGAUCUCCUGGAUCCAGCCCCUCCCCAAUGUCACCGACAGCAUCAUCGGAUACGUCCUGCACAUCCGCAAGAUAGGAGAGCCGGACAGUCUGGAGCUGCAGGAGGCCAUCAGUAAAGAGACCUUCCAGCAUGACGUGGCCAACCUGGAACCUGCCACCACCUAUUCCCUGUACCUGAAGGCCUACUCUCCUCUGGGGGCCAGCCAGCAGUCCCACACUGUGGUGGCUACAACUCUAGGGGGCGUGCCGACACCUCCCACCUUUUUCACCAAGGUGGUGAACUCCACAGCCGUGCAGGUUCUCUGGGAGCUCCCCAGCAAGGCUGGCAAGGCUGAGGGCUUCAGGCUGUCCUACCGCAGGGUCCCCCACGCUGACUUCCAGGGGCCCAUCCAGCUGGUCUGUCUCAUCAACGCCCACACCAUCUCUGAGCUGGAAUCCGGUGCUGUGUAUGAAGUGAAACUGGUGGCCUACAACGGAAACGGGGAGAGCGACUGCUCCAAGAGACUGGUGUCGCUGGCAGAGGAAGCCAAGAGCGCCCAGAGCCCCGCAGAAAACAGCCUGUGUCAGUGCAGGGAGGGGGAGGCCUCACUCGGCAGCAUCGUCAUCGGCAUCCACAUCGGCACCGCCUGCAUCAUCUUCUGUGUUCUCUUCCUGCUGUUCGGCUACCGACGCAGUCUGUUUUGCAGUAAAGGGACACAGGACAGCUGGUCUGUGCCGAGGGACAACACAGGACACAAUGGCAUCCCUAAAGACGGAGCGCACCGGCCCAGAGUGGAGCCCCCACCACAGGUGGUCUGUCCGGCGCAGUACCAGGUGGUCAUCGAGCAGCACUGUUCAGGCUUGCCUGGCACAGACACUGGCUAA